AUGUGCGUGGCAGAUGCCACAACGGCAGACGUUGAGGCAGUGGGGAAGAAGGAGGAGGAGGAGAAGAAGAAGAAGAAGAAGGAGGAGGAGGAGGAGGAGGAGGAGGAGGAGGAGAAGGGGGAUGGUAGUGGUGGUUUGGGAGGGCCGUCGGAAUUAUUUGACGGCGUAGGGGGCGAGGGAGAGGUGGGCGGAGCAACGACGGUUGGUGCAGUCCGAAUGCUGCAGUUGGUCCGAAGGUGUCCAACAAGUUCAGUUGGCGACCAGAAUGUCCGCUGACUCCGUGGACAAGUUGGGGGCAGUCAGGCGUUGACGUUGCGAGGUGGGCUCCGCUGAGAUUUGCAUGCUUCUCGUUUGGCUUUCGCGGCGGCGAUGCGGUUAGCCUCGUCGAUCGUUCCGCCUGUCUCCACUCUCCUCCUCCAGGUCGGUCGGUUUUGAACGAGGUCCUCCCAGUUGUCCGGGUUGAUCUGCAGACGCUUGAUGGAGGUCUUCAUUGUGUCCCUUUAUCGACGGAUUUGGCAUCCUUUGCGGAAGGAACCCGUGGCAAAAUCUCCAUUGAAUAGUCGUUUGGGUAGCCGCUCGUUGUCCAUACGCGUGAGUUGGACGCUCCAACGCAGUUGCAGUUGUUUCAGCAUGGCGUAGAUGCGGAGGAUUCCCGUCUGCUCCAGUACGUCAGUCUGGGGGAUCCGGUCCUGUCAGUUCACCUUCUGUGUCAGUCGAAGAUAGCUGAGGUGGAAGUGAUUGAGUCUCCACGCCUGAUUCUUGUAGACCGUCCAGGUCUCCCCUUCAAACGGCAGCGUCGUCAGAAUGACUGUAUUGUACAUCUACAGCUUGAUGUUGGGGUGGAGACCAUGACGGUUCCAGACUGUAUUUUUCAGACGGCCAAAGGCUUGGCUGGCUUUAGAAAUCCGGCGGGCAACUUCUUCGUCAAUUUUGUCGCUGCGGGAGAGUGUGCUGCCCAGAUACGUGAAGCUGUCCACUACUUGCAGUUGGGUUCCGCUCACGCUGAUUUGCGGCGCAUUGUGGGGGGCUGUGUGGGGCGGCGGUUGGUGCAUGACCACCGUCAUCUCCGUUCUGAUGAUCAGGUCGAAGUUCUUGCAGGUGGCAGAGAAGAGAUCUCUGCUCCUUUGCACGUCUCCUUUAGCAGUUGCAUCGAGGACGCAAUCGUCGGCGACGAAAAGUUCAUGAACGGCAGUUGCGGAUACACGCGAUUGGAAGUGCAUCCGCCGCUGACUAAGAGGGUGGCCGUCGGUCCUGUAGGUGACACGGAUCGGUAG